AUGUCGAAACGAUCAGCAUCUGAUGUCAAUACAAGUAAUAAGCGCCGUAUGGGUGAAUUGUUUCAGUUGUUAAGUCAACACGUAGACGACAUACCAGAUGGUAUGUCAUGGGGUCAGGCAUUAGACUCAUUAAGUACAAUGCCUGUAGGUGCUAAAGUUAACGAGUGGCUAAAAAGUGCGAAACAAGACACAAAUGAUGGUAUUGAUGUUCAAAACAAUAACAAUGAAAAUGGCGGAAAUGAUGAUUUUGGCGCUCAAAACAAUAACAAAGAAAAUGGCGGAAAUGAUGAUUUUGUCGCUCAAAACAAUAACAAAGAAAAUGGCGGAAAUGAAAGCUUUGAUAGCAAUAACGGUGUUGACCCUCGAUUAGAUGACAGCAAUGGUACUUACAUGAAUAAUGUUUCACAACAUUCAGAUGCUGAACCGGAUCCCAGAGUCAAUACACAAUAUGGCGGUGAACACUCUCAUGAUGAUAAUGAAGCAAUGAUUUCCGGAGCUCCUGACCCUCGAAAUGAAGAUGAAGAAGAUCUGAUGACUAAUAAUGAACCACAAGGUCAAUUACUAUAUUCAUUUAACCGUCAACCGCAAAUCCAAUCUUAUGACAAAUUCAAGCGCAAACAGUACACUCAGCGAAUUAAAUUUAACCACAAUUUAAGAGAUUUGAAUGGAUUUAACGAUAUUGAAGAAGAGUUUUCGGAAGCCAUUGCUGAUGUUUGUUUACCGAUAUUUCAAAAACAUUCUGGUGAAGAUUUCUUUACAUUAAUUAUGUCAAAUGAAGACCUCAACAAACCAAUAUUUAUCGGUAACCGAAAAAUUGAAAACUUUGAUCGACACGAACCGCUGAGUUUGAUUAGCAAAAUUGCUCAAUCGAAUCAAACAUUUUAUAUGGGUAAUUUUGAUAUUACUUUAUAUGUAACGGAAACGCUUAAGGGAAGUGGACGCAAAACUAAAGCUCCAGAGACAACAAUCCAAAAAGCAUUAGAAAGCGCUCUGUGGUCUCAAUUAACAAUAGUGGUAUAUAAUAGCUGCGGAUAUAGAGCUAUUUAUGUGGGUAUUCAAUGGUUUGCAAUGGGUUUUAAUACUUCAAGACUUCAUAACAAUCAAGAGUGGAAAAGAUUAAUUGGUCAAAGUUAUGGAGAUUUACCACAGCGUAAUGGAGCUCAAGAUCUUGUGGUAAAAAUAAAUCGUCAAUUCAACGCUAAUUUAGACUACAGCCAACCGCUAAAAGCUAAUAACUUUCCUGUUAUUCAACAGUAUUUAAAUAAUAUCGGUCCUUAUAAACUUAUGAUUAUUGAUGCCUCUGAUGAUGAAAACAUUAUUUAUCAGUCUGAAGAUAUAAUCACCGACAAUGAGAUAUGGCUUGAGUAUAUUAUACUCAAUAAAGUUGGUCAUUACAAUUUUAUUAAAAACAUUAAUGCAUACAGAAAUGACACAAAAGUUUGCAAUCAAUGUCAUACAAGACAUCAUGUAAUUGAUCACAAAUGUACAAAUUGUACAUUAUGUGGAUCAAAUGUUAAAUGUGAUAAAGUAGCAAUAGAUCAGUUAAUCGAGUGCGAUGUAUGUAAAAAAACAUUCAAUGGAAAUAUUUGCUAUGAUAAACAUAUAAACAACAAUAUAUGUCUUGAGAGAAAACAAUGUCAACACUGCGAUGUUUGGUAUAAAGUGGACAAAAUCAAUAAACAUCAAUGCAACUAUCUCAAGUGUCGCAAUUGUGGUGUCAAAUACAAUUCAUGGACUCAACACAAUUGUAUGAUUAAUCCUUUAAAUCAUGAUAAACUUAAGAAAGAAGACGACAAAAUUAAAUUUAUAGUUUGUUAUGAUAUCGAAUCAAGUCUUGUGGUAACGGAUAACAUAAGUAAACACCAACCAAUGUUACUAAUUUCAGAAUGUGUUUGCGAUAACUGUUGGGAUGUAAAUUCACGUCAAAAAUCAACAAAUAAUUGCAAUACAUGUGGUUUAGGUCAACAUGUUUUUCAGAACAAAAGUUGCGUUAAGUCGUUUUUUGAUUAUCUAAUAUCCUUAUCACAAACAGCUGACUCACACAACAAUGCAAAAGUUUAUGUUUUCGCACACAAUGCUAAAGGCUAUGAUAGUCAUUUUUUAUUGCAAGAAUUAAUUAACUCUAAUUACAAGAAAAAACAACCCGAACUUAUUAUGACUGGAAUGAAAAUAUUGAAAAUGGUUUACUACAAUAUUGAGUUUAUUGACUCUUUGUGUUUGUUUCAACAACCAUUAGCAUCGCUACCGAAAUCAUUUGGAUUUGAAAGCGUUGUCACAAAAGGAUAUUUUCCUCAUUUAUUUAAUACUGAACCCACUGAAGAAUUUAUACCAACACAAUACAUAGGUAGAAUACCUGAUAUUAAGUAUUUUGGUAUUGAUCACAUGUCACCAUCAAAUGCUGAUUCAUGUCAAAAAUGGCACGAAGAGUACAUACAAUCAGGUCAACAAUGGGACUUUAAACAUGAAAUAGUUAAAUAUUGUCAAAAUGACGUCAAAAUAUUAACUAUGGCUUUAAUGGAGUUCCGCAAAUUAUUUAAAGAUAUCACCGGAUUAGAUCCAAUUACUCGAAAGUUUACUUUAGCUGGUGUUGGAUUGGAAUACUUUAGAACACAAGUAUUACAAGAAAAUAUAAUUGGAGUGACGCCACUUGAAGGAUACAGUAAUCGCCGAAAUAAAUCAAUAUCCGGAAAUGUAUGGCUAGAUUUAAAAGAAUAUGAAAUCAAUAAAAAAAUUGCUCGAGAAGUGAAAUUAGGUAAUGAAUUUGCUGAUGGUUUCUGUCACGAAACCAACACUGUGUAUGAAUAUUGGGGGUGUUAUUGGCAUGGAUGUCAUGUUUGCUUUAACGGAGAAAUAAGAAACGCUUCUCGCGGUGUAGGACGUAAAUCAUAUGAUGAAGUAUAUGACGAGACAAUAAAAAAGCUCUCAUAUUAUCAGCGAUGUGGCUAUAAUGUUGUCCAAAUAUGGGGACAUCAGUUCAAAGAUUUACUCGAAAGUCUACCACAAAAUAUAUCAGACUUUGUCAAUAACAGACAAUUAGUUUACAAGUCAUUGAAAAAAUACAAGCCAAUAAACAUUAGAGAAGCGUUUUUUGAUGUCACUAGUCUUUACCCGUAUGUCUUAUCGAAACGGUUAUUUCCUAUUGGACACCCGUCAGUUUUAACCGAUUUUAUUAAUACUUCAAUUGAUAAUUAUUUUGGAUUUAUUAAGUGCCGCGUAAUUCCGCCAAAACAGUUAUAUAUUCCAAUACUUCCUGUAAGAUAUAAUGGAAAACUUUAUUUUCCAUUAUGUAAGACUUGUUUAGAAUCGAAAUCAGAUGUUUAUUGUGUACAUUCAGAUUGUGAACGGAUGUUAGUUGGCACGUGGUUUAGCGAAGAGCUUAAAUGUGCAUUAAACUUUGGUUACAAAAUUGAUUUAAUUAUUGAAGUAUUAAAUUACGAAGAAAAAUCAAGUGAAAUAUUUUCUCCGUAUAUUAAAACUUUUUUAAAAAUUAAAACUGAGGCAUCGGGAUGGCCAGACAAUUGCGUAACUGAAGAGCAAAAAAAUACUUUUGUCAGCGAAUUUAAAGAAAUAGAAGACGUUGAAUUAGAUGUCAAUAAUAUGGUUAAAAACUCUGGUUUGCGCACAAUAUCUAAGUUAAUGCUCAAUAGUUUAUGGGGAAAAUUGGCCCAAUUAUCUAAUCAGGGUCAAGUUAAAAUAUGUUCAAAUUAUAAUGACUAUUAUAGUUUGCUAACUGAUGCAAAGUAUAAAAUAACAGGUGAAGUACAUCCCAAUAGUGAAAAACUUAUAGUUAACUAUAAGUUAGUUGACGACAUCUUAUCAAAGCCUGGUAACACAUCAGUGGCAUUGGCUGCCAUGGUAACUGCUUACGCUAGACUACAUCUGUAUAGUAUACUACAUUCAAUUGAAUCAGAAGCUGACGGACGUGUAUUAUAUUUUGACACCGACUCUGUUAUCUUCAAACACAACGCGUCACAAAACUGGAGUGUACCAACAGUUGGUAAUUUUUUGGGUCAACUUACAGAUGAAAUAGAAAAAGACUUUGGAAGUGAAGCGUACAUCAAGGAGUUUGUAUCGUGCGGUCCAAAAAACUAUGGUUACAAAGUCGUGUUACCAAAUGGUAAUGAAAUAAACAAAUUGAAAGUUAAAGGUUUAGCAAUAACAGAAAAAGCUAAACAUAUUGUUAAUUAUUAUACAGUAGUAGAUAUUGCUGAUAAAUACAGUAGAGGUAUUUAUGAUAGUCGUCAAGUACCACAACAACAAUUUAGAUGCGAUAAAUUUCAUAACAUUAACACAGCAGUAUUUAAUAAAAAAUAUCAAGCAGUAUCCGAUAAACGUAUAAUAGUACAAUCACAUGAUGUAUACCAAACUAUUCCUUAUGGCUAUUGUUUAUAA